GCCGGGCUUCCCGGGUGCUCAGGGGCCGCACGCCCGGCGCUCGGGAGGCGGCUCCUCAGGGCCGUUCCCGCCAUCCCGCGCCCGGCCGCACCGCGCACGCUCCGUGCGCUGCGGGGCCAUGCGGGCGGCGCUGGCGCUGGGGGCGCUGGCCGUGGCGCUGGCCCUGGCUGCCUGGCGGCGGCGGCGCCGGCCGCUCCGCGAGGUUCUGUUCUUCCCCUCCCGGCCCAGCUGCACCGAGGCGCUGCUGGCCGAGGCGGCGGGGCCCGGCGGGGAGGCGCGGCCCUGCCCCUGCCCGCUGCCGCGGGGGGACUCCCCCUUCAGCCGCCUCCUGCGGCGGCUCCUCUCCGCCCAACGCUCCCUCGACAUCUGCCUGUUCGCCUUCUCCAGCCCGCAGCUGGGCCGCGCCGUCCAGCUCCUGCACCGCCGCGGGGUCCGCGUCCGCAUCGUCACGGACGCGCAGUACAUGGGGCUGCGGGGCUCCCAGAUCGGGCUCCUCCGGCACGCGGGGAUCCAGGUGCGCCAUGACCAGGAGGGCGGUUACAUGCACCACAAGUUCGCCAUCGUGGACGGGAGGACGCUCAUCACGGGCUCCCUCAACUGGACCACCCAAGCGAUCCAGAACAACCGGGAGAACGUGCUGGUCCUGGAGGACGCCGAGUACGUGAAGCCUUUCCUGGAGGAGUUUGAAAGGAUUUGGGAAGAGUACAACCCCAGCAACUACACCUUUUUUUCCAAAGAUGAUAAAUGAUUGAGCUGCCUCAUGGUGGAGCACUUAACAUUCAUGGACCUUAUUAUUACGUAUAGGCAUCAUUGUAUUAUCCAUCUGGGUGUCAUUUAGCUCCUCUGGAGAAGCAAAGUGCUCUCUACCCUAAAGUGACACAGGUCCCUUGCUGUGGGUCAUUCCUGUGCUAGAGGGAAUGACCCAGCUGUUUGGUGAGUUGUUUUGUGGGAUGACGGCGUUCAGAGCUUAAUUGCUCAUUGCCGUGCCCUAGCGCGAGCGAGGUAUGUUCAUAGGGUGCUGGGUGCGUGUUUCAAUAGUAAAAUGGACAUUUUCCAACAUGGGAUAAUGCAGAAUUGUAGCCCAAUGGCUCCGUUACAUCAGUAAUUUAAGAGUGCGACCCGACAGCUAGAUUUUAUAUGGAGAGCUUAAGCACCUUAGUUACAUUUCUUGUUGUCAUUAUUUGUUAAAAGUUUAUAAAAGGAGAUUUGUGGGAAAUACGAAGGCACAAAUGAGAAGUUUGUUUUGAUUGUGAACACAUUUCCUUUGCUUUAAGAUUAGCAGAGUUCCAGCGUAAAAGCGUGAGAGCAGAAACUAACGCCAGCUCAUCUUCAGCAGGCGAGUGCAGGGAAGUCUGCAAAGAAAUGAGAAACUGUUGUUGGGAAUCAGUCGGUCUUGAGCGCAGACACGGCUGGAGCUGGGACACCGAGUUAGAGCAGGGUGGCGAAGGAAAGCCCGGUUCACUCAGUGGGGACACGGGGUCUGGUUUGGUGGCUUUGGCCGUGUUGGCAGCCGCGCGGGGGGGACAGCGAGCGAGGGGAAGAGGGAGGUCGGGUCUGUCCCUGCAGUUCAGGGCGGAACAAAGAAGGGGUAAAAUCUGGAAUUUCAAAACUCUAAAUAGCAUCUGUGUGAUAAUUACUUUAUACUGAAUUAAAAGUGCCUCAAAAUCUCUCAAAAUGAAAAAAGGGUCUUAACAUUUGUUACCGGUUUUGCUUGAUUCAGUAGUGCUGUGAUUCGCACUAUUAAAUAAACCAUUUUCACAGGAAAGUUCAA